UGCUAAAAGGGAUCAGAAUUAUGGUACAUUUUUCUACAAAAAUACAAACUUUUACUCAAUUUCUCCAAAACAGUUUGGAGAAGUUGAGUGAUCUAUUAUUGCGGUUGGACGUGGCUUAUCGUUUAUUUGACUGUGUUAUAAUUUACUGUUGCUAUAUUAUCCGGGUAGUUUUAUGACUUAUUUAAACAGCGUUAACUUGAUAGUAGGGUUUUAGUGCAUUGAGGAAGAUCAACAAUGAGGAACUACAGAUGGUAUUUUCUAGGGAUUUGUUAUUUAAUUCAUUUCUCAAAUGCUCUUUAUUGCCACCAAUGCGGCGACGGUAAAAGUAAUGGAAGUUGUCAGGAAGAUUUAGAAGGGAUGAUGCAGGACCAUGUUAAACACAAAAAAACCCGCAAUAGCACAGAUUUUAAAUAUCGGAAAUCUUGUAAAACUACUGAACAAUUCUGCAUGAUUGAAAGGAUUGAAAUCAACGGAGUGGUAGUGGCUUAUAUUCGGGAUUGUUCUGAUGGUGUGAAUUUUUCGAUCAAUGCAAGCCGAUUUCUGAACCUCGAAGCGGAGAAAAAUUCGACCACGUGCUCCUACGUGGAAGGGAAAUUUUUCGCGUGUCUGUCACUGUGUAAGACAGAUCUAUGUAACGGACCACAAGGCACGUCCUCCAGUCUGAGGGUUAUGACGAUGUGGUGGUCGAUUAUCAUAGCAUCUAUAGUACUAAACCUCCAAACCGUCCUUUAAAUACUGUAUUUUCACAUAUUUUCAUGGGUGCAAAUUUUCGGGGUUUGAGAGAGAAUUAUUGAUAAUUGGGUAUUUGAUUUCUUGGCUGGAGAAGUGUUG